AUGAAUUCCAAGAGUAUUGAAAUUCUAAAUUUAAUAGAGGAAAAGUCCUUCAAGAAAUGUGAAAAAUUAAUUAGUUUAGGAUUAAAAGGAAAAAAAAAUGUUAAACUAUAUUUGAUUUUAAAAUGCUUACUCCAUUCUUAUGUUAAUGAAAUAAAAGAAUGCAAUGAGGGGUUAAAUGAAAUAAGUCUAGAUGAUUGUGACAAAAAUAUGUUUUAUAUAUUAGGAAAUAUAUAUAUAAAUAUAAAUAAAGAAAGUAAAUUAAUAGAUAUAUAUGAACAGAAAAUAAAAAUACUUGAAAAUAGUAAAAAUAAUAUUAGUGGUAAUAAUAAACAGGGACAUAAUUCAAAAAUUGUAACAACAAAAAUGGAAAUUGAACAAAUAUUAAUGUCUCUUUUUGAAUAUUGUAUAAAUAACAGUUUUUUUAAAAAAAGUACUAAUAUAUCUUUAAAGUUAUAUAAAACAACUAAUGAUACAACAUAUUUGUUAUAUAACUGUUAUUUGCUAUAUCUUAACAACAAUACUAAUAAUACACAAAUAUACAAUUUAUCUUUAAAUUUUUUGAGAAAUUAUAAUUGUUAUAAUUAUAAUAAAAUAACACAAAAUUUUUCUUUUUUUUUAAUUCUUUAUUUUCUAAACAUAAAAAUGAGAAAUUAUGAUGAAUGCAUUAAAAUUCUGGAUUAUACAAAAUCAAAUAAUUUUUUUUUAAAUACAUUGCAAUAUCAAGUGUAUAAAUUGUAUAUAUUUUUUAUUAGUGGGAAAUUGGAGAAUUGCUUAUCUAUUUUGACAAAAUUAAUAAAAAAUGAUUUACCAGAAAAUGUAGAUUAUUACAUACUUUAUAUGGAUAUUAUAAUUUAUCUGCUUAACAUAAAAAGUUAUAAUAUUGGAAAUGAAAUAUUUGAAGACGUUUUAAAAUCAUAUAAAAAUGAUUUAAUGUAUUUGGAAUUUUUUAAGAAAUGCAUAAUAAAUGUUUAUAUAAACAAAUUCAAAAAACUUCCAAAAAAUAUUAACAAUUUUUGGGAUGUUAUAUUUGAAGAGAAAAAAGAAUAUUAUAUUUCGAACGACAUAUAUGUAGACAUAUUAAAAUAUGUUCUUUCAUUUCAUAAUCCAAUUAUCUCAGGCAAUAACAAUAAUGAACAACCGAUUGGAGAACAAACCGAGGAGAUAAACCCUCUUGAUUUAAUAAAAAACAAACUCGAAAAUGAUAUUAACAAUUAUAAAAAUAAUAAUUUUUUAAAAAAUAUUUACGAAAAAUGUAAUGUAAAAGUAUAUAUGUAUAUGCUUUUUUUAUUCAUAUUAAAAGAGAGCAAUAAUUAUAACUUGUUUUAUAAUAUUAAAAAUUAUAUUAGUCUUUUAAAUGAUAAAAUGAUAAUUAUAUUAGUUAUAUAUUUUAAAAUUAUUAUUAAAAAUUUAUAUCAAUUAUUAAAUAUAGAAUAUCAAAAUUUUAAAUUAAAUUUAGCUCAAAAAGAUAAUCACAUUGAAAUUACAAAAAUUAAAAAAGUUAUUUUGCAAUAUAUUAGAAAAAUAUAUAAUUUUGAAAAAUUACUUUAUCUCAUAUAUAAAAAAAAUGUACACCAAGCUUUUUCCCGACUAUUUUCUUUAUUCAUUCGUUUCUUUUCUGAUUCAAAUUUAAAAAAUGGCCAUGAAAACAUAAUACAUGUUAAUGGUGAUAAUAUGAUUUGUUUGUUAGUCGAAAUGGCGCUAUUCUUAGAUAAACAAGAACUUUUAACUUACCAGGAAAAUUGGCAAAUAUCACAAAAAAUAGAAAACACGACAUCUCAUGAAAAAACUUACGAUCCUUCCAAGAAAAAUGAAGAUAUAUAUGUUUACUUAAAAGAAAUAGAAAAAAAUAUAGACUUAAAAGGAUUCAAAGGUUUAUAUGAGUAUAUAGAAAAUAUAAUACCUUUGUAUGAUGAUUUUUUUUGUUGCCCUAAUUUGAAUAAUAUGGUAGAAAAAAGUCAAAAAAAUUAUUAUGAGGAAAAUAUAAAGUAUAACAAAAAAAAUGACGAAAAUAUUAUGAGUGUAAAUUUUGAAUGUGUUCAUAAUAAUAAAUGUUGCAAUGAUGGAAACUGCAAAAAAAAUAUAAAAUUAACAAAUAGAAAAUAUUAUAUUAUAGCAUUAAGCUUGUUAAAAUAUGCAUAUAAUUAUAAUAAAAAUAUAAUAAAAUUAGAAAAUGAAAAUAAAAAAAUAAAGCGUAUUAUAAAUAAUGAAUAUAUUAGUGUAAUAAUAUUACUAAUCUAUUUAAAUAAUAUAAUUGGAAAUUUUUCAAAUUAUACUGAACUAAUUGAUAAGUUAAAUAUAAAAAAUAUACAACUAAUAACAUAUUCAUCAAUAUUGUUCAUUCAUUCAUAUAAUUAUUCAUAUUAUACUAAAUUUAAUAAUACUAUAAAAUUAGCAAUCAGUUAUUAUAAUGUUCAACAAAACAAUUUAAAAAGUUCAAUUACAAAAUGUUUUAAAAAUAAUUCUUUUUUUAAAAUUAAUGAAAUUAUUAAUUCAUAUUUUUUAAACUCAUCAAACAUAUUUUUUUAUUUUUUAAAAUUGUUAUAUGUAUUUAAAGCUCAACUCGAGGCAGAUAAAACAACAGGUUAUACUGAUCUAUAUGGUAGAUUAAAAUAUAAAUUUUUAUUAAAUGAUUUCAAAACAAAGUUUUCAUUUACUUAUAAAGAAUUAGGAUCAUUUACAGGAAAUAAUAACAAUACUUUUAAAAAUACAAAAGAUAUAAAACCUAACACAAUUUCUAAAAUGAAUAAUCAGGGAAUUAUCGGCAAUAAGACACCUACUUUAGAUAUAGAUAAAAAUACAAAAAGGGAAAAUAUUACUGAGCAAAUUGAAAACAAACAAGAAAGCUUAAAAUGUAAUAUUUCUAAAGGCAAUGAUAAAAUAAAAAAUAAUUUCAUAAUUUUUUUAAAAAAUUUCAACCACGACCUUUUCAAUGAAGAUAACAUAUUUACCCAUAAAAUUUUAUAUAAAAAUUUGCUAUUAGACAAAUAUAAUUUUUUAAUAAUAGAUAAUCAAGCAGUUUUAAUUAAAUAUAGCAUCCCGUCUUUUUUAUUAACUGUUUAUAAAAAUUAUGAUACAUUUUUUUACAACCAGAUUUUAUAUGAAUCAUUAAGCCAAUUAAAUGAAUUAAAUUUUUUAAAAGAAAUUAAAAUUUUAAAUAAUUUAGAAGCAAAUAAUGUAUAUAUGAUAAAAGAUAUCAAAACUAUUUACCCAAUGAUUAUUUUGCAAAAUUUUUAUAGCAUGAAGGGUAGUAUAUAUAUAACUAGCCACGAACAAAAUUUAGUAAACUCAAAAAAUUUUAAGAAUAUACUUGUUAACUCAAAUACUAUUAGUAAAGAAAAAUAUGACGAUCAAAGUUUGAUGGAUAUUUCUUUUGAGACAAUACAAAAAAAAGCCAAUUAUGAUACUGUUCAUAAUGAUAUUAAUUUUUUUAUUUCGAAUAAUACAUAUGUGGCAUUAGAUAAAGAAAAUUCAAAUUAUAAAAAUAAAUUUAUUUUUAGUAAUGCAAAAAAUCAUGAAAAUUAUUUUGGAAAAAAUGAAGAUUACUCGAAAAAAAACUAUUCAUCAGUAUCCCCUUUCACUACAUGCCUAACUGAAUUAUUUAAUUAUCCUCUUCAAAAUUUGUAUCUAAAUUCAACGAUUUUAAACACAGUUAUGUAUAUAUUUCACAAAGCAUUUUAUUACUAUUCUUUUGAUAACAAUAAAAAAAAUAAAGCAAUUCAAAAAACAAAAACUGCCUUUUUAUAUCUUGUAUAUAUCAUUCAUUACUAUGAAUUAACAGAUCCUGUCCAAACCACAGAAAAUAAAUUACAUUCUAAUAUAACAGAAAAUCCCACCUCAAAUAGAAAUUAUAUCCCUCCAAAUUGGAAUGACGCUGAUUGCUGUUAUGGUGAUUUCUUUUUAGAUGAUGAUAAUGCCAAAUGCUGUUUAGAAACAUCAAUAGAUUUUAAUAAUUUUAGAGAAAAGCUAGGAACAUAUUUUUUUAAAAAUUAUGAACUAAUGGAAACAGCCUAUCAUAGUGAUAUAUAUAAUACAAGUGCCAUACUAUUUUAUAAAUGCUUACUAUUAAAUAUAAGCAUGUAUAUAAAUAUAUUAGAAAAUGAUGAUAUAAAGAAAUAUAUUAAUAAAAUACAAUUUUUAUAUAAUUCUAUAUAUUUCCAUUUAUUUAAUGAUAUUAAAAUUUUCGAGCAGCUUUUGUCUAACGAUAAAACAUACCAAAUUAUAAAUUUGUCAUGUGUAUUCAAAAAAUUUAAUUAUCUUAUCCAGAAUAUUACGAUUUUCACUUUAAUAAUUCAGUCUAUUUAUAAUUUAGGCAAAAAAAAUAUAUCAACUGAAAAUAAUUUGAACUUAAAAGAUUUAAUUAGUAAAAAUAUUUCUUUACUGACUCAGCUAAAUCAAAAUUUAAAAAAUUACAUAAAUAUAUUAAAUAACUACAAGCAUCAAACAACAUAUAGUAUAUUAAACAAUUUUGAUCUUCAAUUAAUAGAAGAAAUUAAAAUGUCUUAUAUAAAUCAUGUUUUAAAUUUAACCACUAUCCUUAAUAAUAAGAUACUUAUAAUGAAGUCUUAUGCAUGA